AACUGAACGGCUCGUAUUUAGUAAGGUGGUCUGGCCAUUUGUCAAGAUUUGCUGGUGACAGUUGGGCCGGUGUUCGCGAGUGUGCACAUGCAUGUGUGCGGAGCUGGGGUGUGAAGGUGAGGUGCUGAGAGCGGGAAUGACAUGGAUGGUUUCCCGAGAAGUUCGGUCUACCCGGGCGAGGGCGGCCAUGCCGUAGUGAACGGGGCCCGCCUGGGAUACCUUUAUGUCGACGGGAAGCAGAUGUUCGCGUUAUCCGAGGUCUUCACGACUCUACUGGGCAGUAUCCCGAGAACAACAGUACACAAACGCAUGGACUACCUCAGUGUGGACAAACACCCGUGCACGCUGGAAGAGCUGCGAAAACUCAAGUCUCUGAACGCCAUCGCCUUCCAUUCCGCGAAAUGUACCCUCAUCUCACGUCAGGACGUCGAAGCGCUCUGUACUUCCUGCGAAACCGAGCCGACCUUGAAGACAAAACGAAGAAGAAAGAAAAACGUCGAGGGGGGUAGCGAUAAGAUAAAGCAUGACUUGAUGAAAAAGAAGAAAGGUGAGAGAGUGAGAGAGAUUCCUCAGUCAAAAGGCCGCGCAUGGGAAGGUGUCGCUACUAAUCACCAGAAAAACAAGAACGCGUCGUCUGCGGGCGAGCACUGCGGCUCUGCUAGCCACCGCAGCGCUCACUCCCAGCAUCGGGCAACUUUAUCCUCCGAUUUACCUCAGAAAUCACACGUCCACGGUACGAAAUGGUUCAGGACUGACUCGCCAAGGUUCGGAGAGUAUGGUAGCUUCACCAAGAAUGAAAAUUUCUGGAGUUUCACGGAGUAUCACGCACUUUCCAGCAACGUGCAAAAUCGGACCCAACUGCCGAACGGCUUUGGCGCCGCGCGAAUUCUCAAUCAGCACAUUGUAAACAGCGUCUCUCUCUUCGGAAAGUCGCAAAAACAGAAAGUCUACAACCAAGCUUUUGAGAAACAGACUGGAGAGUGCAAUGAGAAAACUUUGCCAGGAUUUGGGAAUGGUUUUCUGAAGGGGAAUUCUAACGCGCGGGCGUGUUUUUCGCAUUUACCGGGGAAGCAAGCGAAGUCGUCGUCUGGCUUGUUUGAAUCUGAUAGCGUCACUUCGCAAACCAACAGCUUUGGGCAGAAUAAACGCCGAGAUUCUGUCAAAACUUCCUUCAGUUCCCGUCCAGCAGUUAACGGAGCGAGUGAUACAACUUUCAAGAAGCCUGGAAACGUUGUCGGGAGUUCGUCGUGCGACAGAAAAGUCCUGCAGACGACAGAUGGGGAAGUUCGCGAUUUAAAUGGGUUUCAGUUGAGUCAGGGAGUAAACAAGGGCCAUGGUCUUUUCGGGAGCGUGGAGAAACUUGGCAAGAAACUUCGCUUCGAAGGAAGUUCCCUGGAUUUUAUGACAAGGACCGAAACCAAGACAACUUUUGGUUCUUCAUAUUGUUCUGGGAAGACUUUCGCGCAGGAACUGAAGGAAAGUGCGACAGAGAAAAACUCGGAAGUUCGGUUUGUGAACGGGUUUCAGUUCAAAGAACAUGGCGUCCGAAUCCAACAUGGCGGCCCGCUGGACAACAGUUCGGACUCCGAAAGUUCCUGCCACUCUCUGCUGGACAUCGACUCAAACCUCAGUGCUAUGUCCAGUCUCUCAGCUUCCAGCGACUCUCUGAGUUCGGACACAACUUCUAGCGACGGUUCUGACUCGGACAGUGAUGUUUCUAGCGAUUCUGACGACUCGACGUCUAGUUCUGAUUCAAACUGUAGCAUUCGCUUCCGCAGACCAAAUCUUUCUCAAGAACAGGGACUUCAACAGCGGUCUGUCGCCAACGGUUGUCUUCAAGGCGUAGGGUUUGCUCUAGAAGGUGCUAAGAACGGGCUUCAAGUGCCUUUGACCCAGUUUGUAACAAGUUCUCUGUCUCACGCCCCUCCCCUUGACACAGACUGUCUCCCCUCCCCACCAACAUCGCCUCAAAGUGCCUCACUUGUUCUCAAGAAACAAGGGAAGAAAACUUGGGCUGUAGACUCUAUCAAAGUCUCUCCUCCUCAGGAAAACGUCUUAGUGGAGAGAGAAGACGUCAGAGGGUCCAAGGAGGAAAGGAAGACGUCUUGCACAAUGAAAUCCCCCUUGAGAAGUAGUCCCAAACAUGGCCGAGGGAGGGGGGCAUCAAGGAAACAAAACAAUGAAGUUAUCAAAAAGCCUGGUGCCAAGAAAGCCAUUCUCAAUGGCACCAAGGUUUCCCUGUCACCGAAACAAGGGAAAGUCGCAAACAACUUCAAGAAAGUUCCAUCCAACAGCCAAGACGUCUCUCAGAAAAAGAAAAGAAAGUUGAACAACGAUGAAGCUGUGUUUUCAGGUGUGAAAAAGAUGAGAAUGGAACACCCAGGUGAAAAAGCCAGGUCUCCACAGAAAGGGCCCAAUGGUUACAUACAGAAUGCGACCUUCUCGCCCAAACUCUCCAAGAUUCCACCGACGCUCGACGACACCGCCAAACUGACGGAAAACGAGCUAGCGAUAAAGCUAGAAGCCAUCUCGUCGGAAAUCGACAAUCUGCGCCGAAGCAAGACCAACAAGAAAAAGUUGAAGAACAAAGUGUUGCCAAGAACUAAAGCACAAAUACCUCAAAGAAAGUCCAACCUGAAGACAUCCAAACCAGAUCUGAAAGGUACCAGGAAGAAAAGAAAAGUUUCUCCAACUCAGAAAACGAACUUAUCUUCCAAAUCUUCAGAAAAGAAGGAUAAGACUUUGUCUAAAGGCAUAGCAAAGACACAGCCGACCGAAGAAGGUUUGGAAAGUAGGACAAAAAAAGGCAGCUACCACUCGAUGGCACCUGGAAGAAAAACAUUCAGUCUCCUUGCACAGUUCCCGUGGAUGCCCACACUGACUAUAGGGGUUGACGGUGACUUGGCGCCUGCGUAUACCAUGAGACUCGAACCAGGGACCAAGCCGUCCAGGAAGCAUCCCGCGGUGAAGUGGAAGAUAGGGGGCAUGCCGUACAGCAAACCGGGCACGGUGCACGCCAGCGAGCUACGCAAACGCAGAGGGAGGCAGAAGAAGAAAGAUGGAUUGUGAUCGCAGGUCACAGAGGUCGGGUCACCGGGUCAAGCCCUGUCAACCACCACCAACCCCCCAGGCAGCCUGAACUCUUCCUCCUGGAUAAUUUUUUCACCUUCCGUGCUCGCUUGUGUCUUCAACCAUGGACUAUUCUUCCUGAAGACUCCAACAACAGUUCCCAAGAAACACACAACUCUGUGCUGCAAGGAUUCUAUCAGCCGUGUUAACAUUUUGGACCGAGAAAUCUCAAAAGCCAGGUCGUCCUUUCCAGGAUUUUCACAUCCGUGCUCACUAGUGUCUUCAACCAUGGACUAUUCUUCCUGAAGACUCCAACAACAGUUCCCAACAAACACACAAUUCUGUGUUGAGAGGAUUCUAGCAAUGGUGUAAACAGUUUGGACCUACCAGAAAUCUCGAAAGCCAGGUCGGUCGUCUUUCUUGGAAGCCCAUGAGGUAAACAGCCAGUCAGUGUUUUCCAUGUUGCAUAGCUCCUGCUAAAAACUCAAAGUUUUCUUGCUAAAGAUUUGAAACAGUAUUCUCAGUCACUGUGCAAAAUAUGUGCAUGUUCACAUUGUAUCAUGCGUUUUCUAUUUUAGAUUACAGGUCAUAAUUGCAGUCUUGUUAGUGUAUUUUUUACCACAGUCCCAUGUGUAUGAAAUAUCUUUGUAAAAAUGUGGCCAGCUUGUUUUUAACAGUGCAGUAUUAUAGUGCUAGAAACCCUGUGAGUAGUCAAAACGAUGCAAAUAUUCUCAAGUCUUCGGUACGUGCCAAUGUUUUCUGCACGCCACAUUUUUCCUACACGCUGUACAAGAUUUUACAUGCAAUGUUUCCUAAGGUAGAGAUUUUGGGUAGGUUUUGUAACCAAAUGUUUUGAUACACAGUGUUUUGGAGAAUCCAUUGUGCAAAUAAAGGUCCAUUGGUGCUAGGGGUUUGACAGGAUUUGCAUGAACUAUUUGGGCAAACCCUAGCAGGGGUCAUCUAGGGUCACAAGCUAGCAUGAAAAAAAACAGGAUUGAGUCCUUUUCUAGAAUAGACCGCAACUAAAUAUGUAGAAAUUUGUACCACCAUUGUUUUUUUAGACGUUUCUGGUCAUGUAGUGUUGUAGUCUUUUAUGUAGAUAUUGCCAUGAAUUUUUUUUAAAAAAGGACAGGCACGUUGUGUAGUUAAAGUGAUUUGGAAAAAA